UAACUGGCGCCUGCGCAGAGGCCGCGGUGCUUGGAGCUGGAACUCCCGCAGGGCUGGGACUCCGCGCCGGCUGCUGCUCUCUCCCGCUUCCUUUGCUCCGCCUGGGUCCCACUCCCGGCCCGGCCAUGAACUGGUGCGCCGAGGCGGCGGCGGUGGCGGCCACAGUGCCCGGCGCGGGCGUCGGGGACGGGGGACUGCGGCCGCCCAUGGUGCCCCGCCAGGCGUCCUUCUUCCCGCCGCCUGUGCCCAACCCCUUCGUGCAGCAGACGCGGAUCGGCGCGGCGAAGCGCGUGCAGAUUUUUCUUCUCGGUAUUAUUCUGCUUCCACUUCGUGCUUUAUUGGUGGGAUUAAUGUUAUUACUGGCAUGGCCAUUUGCUGCCGUAUCAACAGCAUGCUGUCCUGAAAAGCUGACCCACCCCGUAAAUGAUUGGAGAAGGAAAAUUACUCAGCCAGCUUUGACGUUUCUGGGUCGUGCCAUGUUCUUUUCAAUGGGAUUUCUCGUUACUGUGAAGGGAAAGAUCGCAAGUCCUUUGGAAGCACCAAUUUUUGUCGUUGCCCCUCAUUCAACAUUCUUCGAUGGAAUUGCCUGUGUUGUAGCUGGGUUACCUUCUCUGUUAUCUCGAAAUGAAAAUGCACAGGUCCCUCUGAUUGGCAGACUGUUACGUGCUGUGCAACCAGUAUUGGUAUCCCGUGUAGAUCCAGAUUCCCGAAAAAAUACCAUAAAUGAAAUAAUAAAGCGAGCAACAUCAGGAGGGGAAUGGCCCCAGAUACUAGUUUUCCCAGAAGGUACUUGUACUAAUCGUUCCUGUUUGAUUACUUUUAAACCAGGAGCCUUCAUUCCAGGAGUUCCAGUACAGCCAAUCCUCCUCAGAUACCCCAACAAGCUGGACACUGUGACCUGGACGUGGCAAGGAUAUACAUUCAUCCAGCUGUGUGUGCUCACUUUCUGCCAGCCCUUUACAAAAGUGGAAGUUGAGUUUAUGCCUGUUCAGGUACCAAGUGAUGAAGAAAUAAAGGAUCCCAUUCUUUUUGCCAGUAGAGUCCGGAAUUUAAUGGCAGAAGCACUAGGAAUCCCAGUCACAGAUCACACCUACGAAGACUGCAGACUGAUGAUCUCAGCGGGACAGCUGACAUUGCCUAUGGAAGCGGGGUUGGUGGAAUUUACUAAAAUUAGCCGGAAAUUGAAAUUAGAUUGGGAUGGUAUUCGUAAGCAUUUGGAUGAAUACGCAUCUAUUGCAAGUUCCUCAAAGGGAGGAAGAAUUGGAAUUGAAGAAUUUGCAGAGUAUUUAAAGUUACCUAUUUCAGAUGUCUUGAGACAACUUUUUGCACUCUUCGACCGGAAUAAUGAUGGCAGUAUCGACUUCCGAGAGUAUGUGAUUGGCCUGGCUGUCUUGUGCAACCCUGCCAACACAGAGGAGAUCAUCCAGGUGGCAUUUAAGCUCUUUGAUGUGGACAAGGAUGGCUGCAUAACAGAGGAAGAGUUUUCCACCAUUCUGCAGGCUUCUCUUGGAGUGCCUGACCUUGAUGUUUCUGGUCUCUUCAAGGAAAUCGCCCAAGGAGACUCUAUUUCCUAUGAGGAAUUCAAAAAUUUUGCCCUGAGGCACCCAGAGUAUGCUAAAAUAUUUACAACGUAUUUAGACCUCCAGACCUGCCAUGUGUUUUCCAUGCCAAAGGAAGUACAGACAACUCCUUCUAUUGCAAGUAAUAAAGUCAGCCCUGAAAACCAUGAAGAAAAUACCUCAGACAAAAAAGAUGACUGAGUACAGUACUCCCAGUGAAGAGAAUGCGGUGGCUUUUGCUUAAAAUUAAAUGUGCAUUUAUCAAUUAUAUUUUAAAUGUGCUUGUGGGGUAAAGGUGCUUAAAGGAGGAAGCUUUUUUAUAACAUUGAUAGAUUUUCUUCCUAAAACUGCUUUUAUUAACUGGCAUAUACCAAGUAACAUUCCUUUUCUUUUGCGUUACAUUGUAUUUUGCUGGUUGUUCACCAGUUUAGUGAUAAAUAUUCUGUAUUUUUAUGGAUUUUCUAGUAUAAUUUACAUAACCAAAUGAAUACAUUGGUCUGUUUACUGGUCAGCAUUGUCAACCUUCUAAAGAUUUUUAAUACAAUAUAAAUAUUUUUAGUCCAUUUCCUUUAAAAAACAGUAAUACUAGCAGGGCGUGAUGGUGCAUGCCUGUAAUCCCAGCA